UAUCCCAACACCUCGCUCCUUCCUCUAUAAAUGGCACCUCUGCCUUUCCGACCCUUCUCCCUUCCCUUCAUGUGGCCGUUCUCUGCUCCGCCUCUUCCUCCGCGGUUCCACGCGCUCGCCUCUCUCCGCCGCCUCACCGCUCUUGAUUCACACCGAAAGCUCUCGUGAUUGGAUAUUCUAUGGCUUCGACGAAUCUGUAUCUGAAAGAGUCGAGAACUUCGUAUUUCCUCGUGAUCUGUUUCCUCUUGGUCUUCAUCUGAUCUCCGUGCCGGUUCGAGUCCUCCGUCGUGCCAAGUUCAAAUAGUUAGGGCCUUUGAUCGAAGAUGCCGUGCGUGAAGCCAGAUCCGGCGGAUAUAGAUGCGGAGCCAUUCGUCGAGAUCGAUCCCACGGGGCGGUACGGGCGGUACGACGAUCUCUUGGGCGCCGGCGCCGUGAAGCGGGUGUACCGAGGGUUCGACCAGGAGGAGGGGAUCGAGGUGGCGUGGAACCAGGUCCGGCUGAGGAGCUUCAGCGACGACCGGCCGAUGCUGGACCGGCUGUUCGCAGAGGUGCGGCUGUUGAAGACGCUGCGCCACGAGAACAUCAUCGCGCUCUACAACGUGUGGACGGACGACGAUGGCAGCACGCUCAAUUUCAUCACCGAGGUCUGCACCUCCGGCAACCUCCGGGUGUACCGGAAGCGGCACCGCCACGUCUCGCUCAAGGCCCUGAAGAAGUGGUCUCGCCAGAUACUGAUGGGCCUCGAGUACCUCCACACCCACGAUCCCUGCAUCAUCCACCGCGACCUCAACUGCUCCAACGUCUUCAUCAAUGGCAACAUCGGCCAGGUAAAGAUAGGGGAUCUGGGGCUAGCAGCGAUCGUGGGGAAGAGCCAUGCAGCCCACUCGAUACUGGGGACACCGGAGUUCAUGGCACCGGAGCUAUACGAGGAGGAGUACACAGAGCAGGUGGACAUAUACUCGUUCGGCAUGUGCGUGCUGGAGAUGGUGACGCUCGAGAUCCCCUACAGCGAGUGCGACAGCGUGGCCAAGAUCUACCGGAAGGUGACGGCCGGGGUGAGGCCGGCGGCCAUGGCCAAGGUCAAGGACCCCGAGGUCAGGGCCUUCAUCGAGCGCUGCCUCGCGAGGCCCCGGGCUCGGCCCUCCGCCUCCGAGCUCCUCACGGACCCCUUCUUUCACGGCAUCGACGACGAUGGCUCUGCACCCCAUCCACCUCUGGCUCGGCCUCCUUCUGCGGCCACUGCCACCGAUCCCCGCAACAGGGCGCCGGUUCCUGCCUCACCCGACGCCGGCAGUGCCGCAAUCUCUCGCCUCCGGAUUGAUUGAAUCGGUAAAUGGUCAAGUGUACAUCGCAAUAUAUUCUUGGCAUCGCACCUCCUUUGUUAGAUUUCUGUUAAUGUUUCCCAGCCAAAUAUGAUGUUUGGAUUUGUAACUUCCAUAGACAUUUCAUCUUUGCUUUCGGUU